AUGAUGUGCUCGAGGUUCAUCGGCUUCAACACAUCCGUCCCAAACUGUGGAUGCAUGAGUGCCUGCUUGAUUUGUUUCAAGAACGUUUGUUUGUCUGUUUCGACGUCUGGUGUAUCACCUGCAAGCAGCCUCACAAACGUCGUCUUGCCCAUCCCGUUCUCGCCAAGCAUGACAAUGAUCUCAGAGUCUGUGAAUGCGCCUUCUUCGACGGUGAGUUUAAAUGAUCCUAGCGUCUUUUGUCGUGUUUUGUCCAGGGUGAUUUCUUCCGCAUUUUCGACCAUCUUGAAAGAUAGCUGCUCCUCUCGGAAACGCAGGUUCUCCGUUGGAAUGAAACCGUCCAAGAAGAUAUUGAUCCCUUCGCGCACAGAGUACGGCAUCGUCACUACGCCAUACAUCGAUGGCUUCCCAUAA